AUUUUCCAGUUACAUCUUGUCUCUGCAAGUGCAGGAAAGCUGGUUUGUGAAUUGAAAGUUGAGGAGGAUCACACAAACCGUGCUGGUAACUUACACGGAGGCCUGACUGCAACCUUGGUUGAUAUAGUUUCCACAGUUGCCCUGUUAAACACAGACCGAGGAGCUCCAGGUGUUAGUGUGGACAUGAAUAUUACGUAUUAUAUGAAUGCUGCUAAAAUUGGGGACUCUCUACUCAUCACGGCACAGAUUUUGAAGCAAGGAAAAACCUUGGCCUUUGCAACUGUGGAUUUAGUAAAAUAAAGAUACUGGGAAAAUAAUUGCACAAGGAAGACACACAAAACAUCUAGGGAAUUAG